AUGGAGGAAAGCAUAUUACGAUUUUGCCCUAACAAAAUAGUAUCAUACGCUUCAUCUGGUAAACCUUGAUAUCAUCUCAUUCGCGUUCAGCCGACAACCUCUCCAUUGCGUCUUCUCCACUUCGUCACAGGGUCGUUCAACGAGCUUCAUCGCAGCAGGUGUUGGUUUUCUCAGCAACUGCAAUGGCAGCCAUUGGAGGUCCAUUGAGGUCAAAACUAAGGUCAUCCGUCUCCUCAUUUCUCCAUCAUGACAUAAUAAGAAUACCCAUAUUGAAACACUUCAUCUCUUCUUAUUCUUCUUGUCCUACUCCUACAUCACCAUUAGCAUUCAAUCACACAACCAACACUAUUUACAAUACCUGCCAUUGCCAACACCAGCUUCAUACAUGUUUGAGGCCUCGCCAUUACCAUGAUGGCAGGCCUAGAGGUUCCCUUUGGAGAGGAAAGAAAAUGAUUGGUAAAGAAGCUCUUUUUGUUAUUUUGGGGAUAAAGAGAGUCAAAGAUGAUGAAGAGAAACUAGACAAGUUUGUUAAAACUCAUGUAUCAAGGCUCUUAAAGAUGGACAUGGUUGCUGUUCUUAAUGAGCUUGAACGCCAGGAGGAAGUGGAUCUAGCUGUCAAGAUGUUUUGGGUGAUUCAAAAGCAAGAUUGGUAUCAGCCUGAUGUGUAUCUGUACAAAGACUUGAUAAUCUCAUUAUCUAAAUCUAAAAAGAUGGAUGAGGCCAUGAAGCUAUGGGAAAGCAUGAAGAAGGAAAAUUUAUACCCUGAUUCUCAAACAUACACAGAAGUGAUUCGUGGGUUUUUGAGAUUUGGAUCUCCUGGAGAUGCAAUGAACAUCUAUGAGGAUAUGAAACAGUCUCCGGACCCACCAGAUGAGUUGCCAUUUAGAAUCCUACUCAAGGGGCUUCUUCCACAUCCCCUUUUGAGAAAUAAAGUCAAACAAGACUUUGAGGAGAUUUUUCCUGAUCAGAGUAUUUAUGAUCCCCCAGAAGAGAUAUUUGGAUUGCGUUAAGGUAUCAAUGUGGAUAAUAGCAAUAUGUAACCUGAAACUUAUAAAAUGCUUACAUGUGUUUGAUUACAUAUGGCUAUUAUUAGUAAAGAAGUUUAAGUA